AUGGAUGCCAUUACUGAUCCCACCUUUCAUCAAACGGCUAGACCUCAAGUUGUAGAAGAAACUCCCUCGUUGUUAACAGUAGUGAUAGAUACUGCACCCAAAUUAUGGACACAAUUUGAUAAAGAAGAUCCAGAUGAUAAUACAAAUAAAGAACCACAAUUACUCAGAGUAAUUAGAGCUAUUGUGGUUUUCUUAAAUAGUCAUUUAGCUUUCAAUACCAAUAAUCAAGUAGCCGUAAUAGCAGCUCAUUCUCAAGGUAUUAAAUACUUGUAUCCAAAAGAAGAUAAUAAUAAUGUUAGCGAGUCAACUAAAGAAAAGUCUAAUCUCUCCAUUAUUAAUAAAGAUAUGUAUAGACAAUUCAGAAAUGUUGACGAAUCUCUAGUAGAUGAAUUAUUUUCCCUGUUUCAAGAAGAAUCGAAAUUCAUUGAUAAAAAAUCUCAAAAAUCUACCAUUUCUGGGGCCAUGUCAUGUGCGUUAACAUAUGUGAAUCGUAUAACAAAGCAAUUUAAUGAUGCAUCUAUUUUUAAAUCAAGAUUAUUAGUAAUCACAUGUGGUAGUGGGCGUUCUAAAGAUGAAGUAUUCCAAUAUAUACCGAUAAUGAAUUGUAUAUUUUCAGCAACCAAAAUGAAAUGCCCCAUUGAUGUUGUUAAGAUUGGUGGACAUGAGAAAAGUACAUUUUUACAGCAAACUACCGAUGCUACAAAUGGUGUAUAUCUCUAUGUGGAGAAUACUAAAGGGUUAAUACAAUAUCUAUCGACAGCUAUGUUUAUCGAUUCGAGUUUAAGAAGUAUUAUUGUUAAACCAAACCAUGGUGUUGUUGAUUUCAGAACAUCCUGUUUUUUAACCGGUAGAGUAGUAGCUGUUGGUUAUAUAUGUUCAGUUUGUCUAUGUGUUUUAUCAAUAGUUCCAAAAAAUAAUAAAUGUCCAGCUUGUGAUUCCAAGUUUGAUGAAAAAGUAAUUGCAAGAUUAAACAGAGGACCUGUUUUACCAGGAAUGACAAAAAGGGUACGUAAGAAUAAAUGA